GCUGCACGAGCUGAUGAGUCCCCCCGAGUAUGCGGUCCACUUCAAGCGGCUCUUUCGGCUUGCGGCCGAGUUCGGGGUGCGCCUUCUCCUUGACUUGCACGGGCUGCCCGGCUCCCAGAACGGAGAGAUGCACAGCGGGAUGCGCGAGAGCAGCAACAAAAGCACCUACGCUCGCGCCGAACGUGCCCACUUUGCGUCGGACGCCAACUGGAAGUUGGGCUGGCGAACGGUGGAGGCGAUGGUCAGCCUGUGCGCCUCUCUCCAGACGACGCCUCACCUGCGGGACGUGCUCUGGGGCGUCCAGAUCACAAACGAAAACAACCGGAUCGCCUUCCCCGCCUUCCGCCGCGGCGCGGGAGCCGCGCGCUCCGGCAGGCCGGCCUCGUACACGCCCGAGGCGACGGAGGGGUACACCGACCUGAUGCUGUGGUACGACGGAGCGAUCCGCAGGAUGAGAGCGAGGGGGUUGCCGAAGGAGGUUGCGGUUGUGCCCUUUGCGUGGCCGUGGCAGUUGCCCACGUGGAGCGAGCGGAUGCGGGCGGAGCCGUGGCUCGACUUUGGCUCUGACCACUCGACGUUUGGGAAGGUGGUUUGGGACACGCACGUCUACGUGUGCAACACGAACUCGCCCGAGUGGACGCCGCGCUGCUCCUUUGGCGACCCACCCACCCCGCCCGGCGACCCUGCCCUCGGCGGGUGGGGCAUGAGCAGCGUCACGGACGCCAGCGUCACGGACGCCAGCGUCACGGACGCCAGCGAGCCGGCCUACAACGAGGCCACUCCAGCAUUGCCACCCGCUCCCCUGCCCGCCCCGAGGACAGGGCGGGCGGGGCAGAUGUGCCGGCUCACGCUGCGCGCGUACAACGAGGUCCGGUAUCUCAAGGCUUUCGUCGCGUCAGGCAACCGCGUCCUGGUCGGGGAGUGGGCGCUCGCUGGCGCUUCGUCUGCGGGCCGCAAGGCUGGCUACGGCGGCGGGGAGCUCGGGGCGGUGCUGGCGGUGAUUGCCGAGACGGUGGCCCGCCUGUACGAUGACGCCGGGGUUGACGGCCACUUCCUGUGGACCUUUGGCGGCGGAGGCGUGCGGGACAUGGGCAGCUGGCUGGCGCAGAACGUGGGCGGCACGGUGUACGGUGCAGUGGAGAAGGCGCAGGGCGUGCCGGGCGCGCUUGGGCGGGCGGCCAGCGCGGCGGGUGUGUUCCGCGCACUGUGGACGGUGCAAGGCGCCGGCGGUGUUCCGGCGGCUCUGGUUGAGGAGGCGAUUUGCGGGGCGUGAGCCCGAUCAGAAGGAUCACAAGGAACGCUAAACCCGUACUCCGUCUCUCACGAGUCAGAUGAGUUGUGUACUGCGGCUUGUGUGAUGCGUUAUACGCUCAGUACAGGGAAUGUU